AUAAAGGGGUUUGUGGGCAGAACUCAUCUCGUACAGAGGCGUACAGACGUCUCUGACUUAUAAUCACACUUCACACUAAAGAGAGGCCAAGAGUUGGAGGGCAGAGCAUUUAAUCGACACUUCACGGCAGGUGAGACCGGUGUCAUACAGUCGGCUACUUUCAAUAAUGAUGAACAAUCUCAGUGAUGUCAGCACCGGGUGACCCGACGGAGCUGAAUGAAGUGUUAUAGAAGUCGAGAAGGUAAAGGACCUGGUUGACAUCAUGACUGAGAAGCAAACUCGGGACUAAUAUCUGACUACCUAGAUACUGCAUACCAGAAGAGAACAGGUGCGUAUUGUGCAAAACCAGAAAUUCUGCACCUGGCCAGGACUGAAGAACAUGGAGUCUGCUUUCUCACGAGUGAGAUGGGAACCUGAGGUAGAAGCUGAGGAGAUGUCACCCAGGGGUCUAGGCCUGCGGCGCAAACGGGAAUUCAUCCCGGACGAGAAGAAAGAUGCGAUGUACUGGGAGAAACGGCGCAAGAAUAACGAAGCAGCCAAGCGGUCGCGUGAGAAACGAAGGGUCAGCGACUACGUGUUGGAGACACGGCUGGUUUCGUUGAGCGAAGAGAACGCUCGGCUACGAGCAGAGCUGUUGGCUUUGAAACUUCGGUACGGUCUGCUGAGUCCUGGAAUUCCUUAUUCUUCACCACAAAGGGCCCUGUCUCAACUUCAUAGUUUGCCUCCACAACCUCUGUUCUCAGACAAAGACUUGUUUUGGGGGAGAAGACAAGAAAGAGAGUCCUCCAAUUUGUCUGGAAACCAACAACCACCCACGUGUAUUGGUACUCAUCCCGGCUCUGCUUUCCUGCCCACGCACCCUAUGGCUCUACGAAGAAAUUACCCAUACUUCUUAGACCUCCCCAAUCUUCAUUCUCCUACAACCGCAGUCUUUCCUCCACACCUCGCUCCUGUAACCGGUUCUUGGGUAACACGGCCCUUGCCUCAACCAGGGAAUCAGAGGAUCCUGUCCGACGAAGAAGGCGAACAGACGGUGCCAGCAGAUUGUACUGCCGCACUGCCACAUAAACUUAGAUUGAAGACCCAAAACACACGGCGUACAGACAAUGGAGACAAAUCUGCAUCCUCAACCCCAGUAUAUGUGUCAGAUUGAAAAACGAAACUGCAGAGAAUCAAGUUCAGGCUUAAAGGAUAGUGCACCCAAAAAUGUAAUUCUGUCAUCAUUUACUCACCAGUUUCUAAGUUUCUUUAUUCUGGUGAACACAAAAGAACAUAUUUGUUUUUUCUACUAUGGAUGACAGCAGGAAGAAACUCAUACAGGUUAAAAACAACAUGACGGUGAGUAAAUGAUGUAAGAGGUGAACCGUUCCUUAAAAAUUCUUUUACAACCUACCUUGAUUUCAAAGGAAUCUAACAACAUGUAAUGCGGUUUAUGCUUGUAUCAAGACAAAAUUUGCAUAUCCAAAAAAAAGAAACAGUUGUUUAAGAUAGUAUAGUGAUGGUAAAUUGUGUUUUUUUGUUUUCAAAUCAAACAGUCAGGUGGUUAAAUGACUCAGUAGUUAUGUGUCAUUCAACUUUUUUGCAUCAAGUCUAUAUUUACCAGGAAGUUUGAUUGGCAGUCAAAAAUAUUUGUAGCAUUGAUAGGUCAAACAUACAGUACAUCAGGGUUGCCAGGUUUUCACAGUAAAACCCACCCAAUUGCUAAACAAAACUAGCCCAAUCGUAUUUCAAGGGGGUCAUUUUAGCAGCUAAAAUUCACACUCCCUGGGAUAAAUAUCACACUAUAAGGGUUCCAUUUAACCUGCAGACAUAAAAAACACCCAUCGGCAGCAGUUUUAAAGUAGUUCCCUAAUUCCGCGGAAAACCUCAGACUUGGCAACAACGCAGUUGGUAUAAAUACAACUUUUACUAUUUAAAAUGCGUUUGUCAUAAACCGUUAUACAUCUUAUUUUUGACACCUCAAAGAGGGAAGUUUUUUGUAGUUUUUUUUCCAUAUAUGUUUGUAUGUUAAUGAGCUGCCCAAUAUGUCAGAAAUAAGUAAUCAGUGUUUCUGUCUAUGCAAAUGAGAUCAAAAUGUGGGUGGGUGGAUUCUUUAAAGCAUUUAUAGCGCAGUCAUUGCAGUUUGUAUUUUUACAUGACUGCCAUUUUGUCUUAUCAUGCCUGUGUCAUGUAACAUUUAAAUCAUGUGACAUAAAAAUUGGUAUGGUAAAAACGUUUGGAAUAAACUGCAUCUUUUGAUAUUUUAUUGUAGUUACACACAGUAAAUUCACAGUUUUUUGCAUGCAUAUUGUAUUAUAUUGGGUUAGCAUGGCACACUUUGCCCCUGCUGGUAGAUUUCAGAACUACACCAAAUGGUUUUCCAUGCGUUCUUAAAAUAGGAAUAUCCUUGCUGUAAAAAGCUUCAGUUCUUUUUAAUUCUUGUUUCAUGUUUUAUCAUUUUUCAAAAACAUUUUGUUAUAUUUGUUGAAAGUCUCUUUACUUCAUGAUAGCAGAUAAUAAUUCAAAUGUUAAGUAUUAAAAAUAAUGUAAGAAAUAUAUUUGGUAAAAGUCUCAGGACCAUAAAAUGUUCAUCUAGUCAUUAAAUGUGAUCCCACCUUUCUGUCAGCCUCUGUAUUUGCAUAACUCCUCCUAGGACCCUGGUCACGCAUAAACAGCAAGCUUACGAACCCGCUAUAAGCUCUAAUAAUAAUGUAAAAAUGUAGUUUAGGUUCAUUAUUACUGUAAUAUCAUGAGCGUUUUCUUCUGAUUUUGACUCGCAGUUAGGAGGAGGUAUUUGCCAUGAUAGCUUUAGGGAGCGCUCUGAAAGUAGGCCGGGAUCUUUCCCCAUGCCUUCAAAGCUAGCUUGCUAUUGCUAACCGCUAUGAAAACGCCGUAUCUUUAACUCCUCUGUUUAAAUCAUAUUGUUCCACAUCAAUCAAUGUUAAGUCAUUUGAGCUGUCUUUUAACUUUCUUCACUGACAUAAUGACAAUUGUUUUUAGCUGAGACAAUAUUUCAGGGUCUAUUUAGUCUUAAAGGGAUAGUUCACCCAAAAUGGAAAAUUCUGUCAUCAUUUGUUCACUUUAUUCCUACUAUGGAAGUUAGGGUGGCCAUUCGUGCCAGU